AUGCCUACCUCAACCGUCUGGCGCCGGAACCACCAUCUGGCAGGGCACCGGGGUGCAAGCCCUGUCCGUCCAUCCGCCGAAGUCAUCGAGCGCCUUUCCCCUGAUCCCGCAAGCGAAACCCCUACCCUCGAAGGCUCAUCGCUCCCUCUGCGAUAUUCACCUCAACACGGUUACUCAUUAAGAGGACUUGGACUGUCCGACAUUGGAUCGUCCGAGGAUAAUGACUCCGCGCUACAACCAGAUCACCUAUAUUACGACCAGGACGGUGCCGCUCAUAUUGCAGCAAGGAUAAAAGGUGGCGCGAACACGGUUUAUGGGCGCUCCAGAGUUGGGUCACUGGACUGGGCGACGAGAAACUCCAAUCCUACCUCCGGCUUCUUACAAGACAAUCGGCGCCUUCAUGGAAAGGGACAUACGCGUUCCGGCUCUACAAUCGAUGACCUUGCGACUGCCGCAAUUGCAACAAGCCCCGUUUUGGCUAGCGCAGCCACUCUUUCUCUUUCCAAGGGAAGCAUCAACAAUACCAACCGCCCUUUGACUUCCUAUACUCGGCGCUACAGUCAUGAAGGUCCCUCAAAUGGUCCGCCUGCGAAACGCAUCAAGUCCGAACGAUUGCCGACCCUCGAGUGGUCGCCGCGUGCAGAAAGACCAAAAACAAGCGGUGGAUAUAGCAGUAUACCCGAUGUUGACCACGAAGAUGCACUUCUAUUGCUUGAACUGAAGAAUGAGGUCAAUUUCAAAAAUCAUGCAAAUACCCCCAAGCUUGACACGAUGCCGGAGUAUCCACCAUCGACAUCCCCGAGCUCUCCCCGGUCCCCUUCGAAGCUACAGAACCCGCAGCAACAGGAACGUCCGGUCGUGCAUUUACGACAGAGCAUCAAGAGCCGGCCCAGAGAACGAUACCUGACCGAAGAUCUGCCCAAUGCGAGGGAUGUCUCAACAGCAGGGGGUUCCGAGUCUAUCCACAAGGAAACCGCGUAUGAGGGAAACCCUCUGGAUGCUCGAGCACGAGGGCUCAGAGGACCUCAAACCGCUGUUGAUGCUCUGCCACCUGUAUCUGAAGAACCACUGGAUUCUGCAGUUGUUGAAGCAGAGCCGAUACCCAAGAAGCAGCGUCGCAUAAAGCCGGAGCAGCAAGCCGAGGUUUGCGCGGCAUGUCAGCGUCUACAAUUAGACUCCGUGGAUGACGAAGACACGUCUACGUUCUGGAUCAGUUGUGACGCUUGCAAACGUUGGUUCCAUGCCGAAUGCGCCGGUUUCAAGACAAAGGCAGAUGCAAGAAGUGUGGACAAGUAUGUUUGUAAAGACUGUGAACCUAUACAUGGGCAGACUACCUACGUCCGGAAGUCAUCCCGUCCCAGGACUGCCAUUGACUAUGCUGGCCUCAAUCAGGGUGUGGUGAAGUCGUCUGUCGAAACCUCGACCCACCACUACAUCCAACCGAUUAAAGAGGGCAAGAUAAACGUUCUACCCGAUGACUUUGCCCGAAUCAGGCCAGAAUUGCUUACAAUGGAGUUCAUGGAAAGCUUUGAGGGUCCCAAACGUCCCUUUGUGGUUCCAGCUGAAUGGAAUCCUCGGUUUGGUGUAAGGCCCGUAUCCGUCCAACGCGAUUCAGCACUUCCUACCCAAGACGCUGCGGCUUUCACCCUCAUCGACAGCUCCGGUGCGGAAGUGGGUCCCGACAAAACGUCCGCAUCGGACCUCCAGGAAGAAGAGGUCAUUGAUUGCGACCAGGAUUUGCUGGAUAUGGUGAUCCCACGCGAUUUGACAGUCCGAAAAGUGGCCGAGCUCUAUGGUCCCGAAGAGCCCGUGCCCGUGAUCGAUGUAAAGUCUCAGGAGACCAAGGGAUAUUUCACACUCCAACAGUGGGCAGACUACUACGAAUUGGAAGGGGAAAAGCCUAUCCGGAAUGUUAUCAGUCUUGAAGUCUCACACAGUCCACUUGGGAGACUUAUCCGGCGUCCCAAAGUAGUUCGAGAUCUUGAUCUGGACGACCAAGUUUGGGCGGCUGACGCUGAUACCCGGUUGAAGAAAAGACCAGUAUCGUUUUAUUGCCUAAUGUCUGUUGCUGACAGCUACACGGACUUCCAUAUCGAUUUCGGAGGCUCUUCUGUGUACUACCAUAUCCUGCGAGGGACGAAGACGUUCUUCUUCAUCCCUCCUGAAGACAGAUACCUGAAGAAGUACGAAGAAUGGUGCAACUCGGGCUCGCAAAAUGAGACUUGGCUGGGAGACCUUUGCGGUGGCAACUGUACAAGAGUUGACCUCCACGAGGGAGACACAGCGUUUAUCCCUGCGGGCUGGAUCCAUUCUGUUUGGACUCCGGAAGACAGCUUGGUAAUUGGUGGCAACUAUUUGACUCGUCUGGAUUACGAGAUGCAGCUCAAAGUCGUGAGCAUCGAGAAGGCGACUAAAGUGGCUCCCAAAUUCCGUUACCCUUAUUUCCAGAAGGUCAUGUGGUACGCAUUGAUCAAAUAUCUUGACGAUGAUCCUGUACCGGAAGAGGUGUUGGAUGACUUCUACGACGACCCCGACUAUGUCUUCCUCCGAGCGAACCCAAUCUGGCAUGAAGUCGGAGAGUUUGAGAAUACAGCAGAGCCUGGUGAUCCGGCUUACAAUUCAAGAUAUUACCCGAAGUCUGAGGCGAAUGGUUGGCCGUCAUUAAGAGACUUCCUUUAUCGGACAGCCCGGAUAGAUGCAGGUUUGCCAGUGCCAGAUAUCACCAAAAAACAGAUCGACGCGGUCAAGGCAUCCAUACCUAAGGGGUAUGGGGAUCCGCUCAUGAUGAUCAAAAUAUUCGCAAUUUGGUGUGCAUGGAAGAUUGGCAACACCACCGCACCAGACUGGGUUCACUCGGAUAGCAUAGCAGAGCUAGAGGGAGGAGAGAAAUCCAAAAAGGCCGAGCCAUUCCGGGUGCCUGGGGAACGAAUUUCGUCUCGGAGAGUUGCGCAGGCUCAAGCUCAGGCUCAGGCUCUGGCGGAGGCGGCACAAGCCCAACCUCGACCACUUGCUCAGACGCCUCCGGCCAAAAAUGGAUCCAGAGGAAACGGAUUGAGAGUCGCCUGUGAACCUUGCCGGAAACGCCGCAUAAAAUGCCGACACAAGUCAGGUGGCGAAACACCUCGUCGAACGCCAGAGAUUCGGCCAAGGAGUUUCUCGAGUGCUGAUAAUCACUCCGUAACGGGGGCGGCAGCGUUCACAAAUGGUGCCAUGGGAGACACUGUCUCUCCCGAAGCACGCAUAUCAGACGGUGUUGGUUCGGAAGUUACGCAGCCUGAUCCUCAAUCAUCGUCGAAGAAAAGCCGGAGCAAAGCCUGUGAGGACUGCAGGAAGAGCAAGCGUCGUUGUGUACACGAUCAGUAUGGCCGCAUCGAUCCAGCGAAAGUUGCAGAGCCCUCCAAGCCUCGUGGAUCGGCGAGUGCGAAACGUGCCACCACUGCCAGCGAGGAGUCGAAGCAAAUAGAGCCAGAAAUUGACAAUUUUGAGGAUUUAAUUGAUCCCGCCCUCACCAAUGGCGACGCCUCGGACUUAGCCAACGAGGUUGAUGAAGAAACUUUUCAUACACCCCGACCGGCGAACAACAGGAGCCCUGCUGGUGAUGGCGAACGUGUCAGGGAAAACGUAUCUGCCGCGAACGGGGACGACUCGAUAUUACUUCCAAUCGACCCCGCCUUAGGGACUACGGAGGACGAAGCGGUACCCAUUAAAAGUGAGCAUGAUCAAGUUGCAGGAUCAGUGAAUCCAAGCGCCUUGCAACAAGACAACAAUCUUUCCACUCCGAAUGCAGGGCAAAACGGCACAGCCGCGAGCGGCGAACUUUCCGGUCCUUUUACUUGGACGCCUGGAUCAAGACAGUCGUCUCGGCAACCCAAACAAGUAGAAAGAUACACUCCCGAAGACAAAAAAUCUCCCAGCAAGCCAUAUCCCAAGCCUCAAAGGAACGAUCGACGAGCAUCAAGCGCUGCGAGCGUGCAUACGGUGGUGACGAGUAUCAAGACCGAACGCUCAUCGAGCAACACCUCGGGGAACACGCACCAAAUGGCAGGCAUCAUGACCAGCAAACGCAGUCCAUCCCUGGAUGCCCCUGCUCGACCUGUUAGUAGAGGGAGUACGGGCGGAGAGAGUGACGUGAAUGCAGACGAGAGGUUCGCUAGAGAACUUCAAGCGGCAGAAAAUGGUUUAAGACGUCGGACGAGUAUGAGGGCUUAG